CUUUUAUCUUCCAUUUCUUGAACUUAUGGGCUGCCCCUUUGCAGAAUAGUGAAUAGUAAGGGUGAUGUUUUAGAGAUGAGUAUGGAGGCAAAUGAAGUGAAAGGAAGAACUUGUCACUUUGUGAUGGUUCAUGGAGCAACCUUGGGCGGUUGGUGUUGGUACAAAGUUGCAGAUCUUCUUCUGAAAGCGGGCCACACUGUAUCUUCCAUUGACAUGGCUAGCGGAGGUAUAGAUCCUACAAAUGCCGACCAGGUUUCAUCUUUACAACAGUACAAUCAGCCACUAACAGAUUUCUUCACAGCUCUUCCUUCGCAGGAUAAGGUUAUAAUGGUUGGUCACAGCGCUGGUGGCUUCAAUUUGAGUUUUACCAUGGAGCAUUUUCCAGAUAAAAUUGCUGCAGCUGUAUUUGUUACCGCCUUCAUGCCCCUCAGCGGAACAACUCUCUCUGAUAUGAUUAGUGAGGACCUAAUGUUGUUGGAUUCGCUGGAGAAAAAGUUUCCUCUAUGGGAAGAACCUGUUUUGUAUACAGCUAAAAACUAUGGAAGCGUUAGGAGAAUAUACGUUGUGGCGAAGGAAGAUAAAUUAUUUGUGGAGGCGUUCCAGAGAAAGAUGAUUGCAGAGAAUCCUCCACAAAUGGUUUAUGAAAUUGAAGGAUCUGAUCACACCGUAGUGUUCUCGAAGCCUCUUCGUCUGGCUGAGGUGCUCAUUGGAAUUGCUAAUAUAUGUCUGUGAAAGUGAAGCAAUCAGAUGCAAUUGGGUUUUUGUAAAUUUUGCGAUAUCGUGAAAUCCAGGAAUAUACUUUGUCACA